CGAGCUGAGUUGGCGGGAGUUCGGACGCGAAGUUAGGGUGUCCUGGGCGGGGAGCUCGCUAGUUUGGAGGUAGACUCGGCCAGACCGCACUUCUAGGGCCCCGAGAAGUGGACGAACCCAGAGGAGUGGGGACAGCUGCUGUACAUUCAAAACUAUGGGGGAGCGAUUGCCCCAGAGUUUGCAGUAUACAUUUAAACUAAUGUAACCUCGCUUUCAAAUAACACAGCACUACUUCAUGGGAAUUACAGGGUUUGAAGUUCGAAGAUGUGGCCGUUUACUUUUCUCAGAAGGAGUGGGAAUGCUUGGAGUCAACUCAGAAGGAGCUGUACCAAGAUGUAAUAUUGAAGAAUUACGACACCCUGGUCUCGCUGGGACUUUCUGAUUCUAAGCCAAGCGUGAUCUCCUUAUUGGAGCAGGGGAGAGAGCCCUGGAUGGUUAGAAGGGAGGAGGCAGAAGGAUGGUGUCCAGAUUGGGAAUCCAGAACGGAAACCAAGAAUUUUUCUCUAAAGGGAGACAUUUACGAAAUUGAAUCAUUGCAACAGGAGAUAACAGAAAGACUUAGAAGCUCUAACCUUGAGCGUACCAGACUCAGAGAUGACAGAGAAGGUGAGUUCCAGUUAGAGGGACAGUUCAGCCCAGCAGUAAUGACACUCGAUGGACGACAUCAGAGAUUUCAUACUGAAAAGAAAUCCUGUGAAUGCGGGGAGAGUCAGAAAGCUUUCAGGUACCAGCCAUGCCCUGUUCAACAUGAAAGAAUUCAUAGUAAGGAAAAAGACUCUGAAUGUCAAAUAUGUGAGAAAACCUUUAAUAGUAGAUCAGACUUGAUUCAGUAUCAGAGAAUUUAUGAUAACAAAAAAAGUAAUGAAAAUAAGAAAUGUGCCUUUACUUGUGACUCUGAAAUUCCUCAGUCUCAGAAAAUUAAUACUGAUGAGAAACCCCAUAAAUGUAAAGAAUGUGGGAAAGCCUUUAGUUCAGGUUCUCAGCUUAGUCAACAUCAAAGAAUUCAUAGUGGUGAGAAACCUUAUAAAUGUAAUGAAUGUGGAAAGGCCUUUCCAUCUACCUCACAGCUUAAUCUACAUCGGAGAAUUCAUACCGAUGAGAAAUACUAUGAAUGUAAGGAAUGUGGGAAAGCCUUUAGCCGUCCCUCACACCUUUCUCGACAUCAGAGAAUCCAUACUGGUGAGACACCCCAUAAAUGUAGGGAAUGUGGGAAAGCCUUUCGUUAUGACACACAACUUAGUCUUCAUCAGAUAAUUCAUACUAAUGAGAGACUCUAUGAAUGUAAGGAAUGUGGAAAGGUAUAUAGUUGUGCUUCACAACUGAUUCUGCAUCAAAGAAUUCAUACUGGUGAGAGACCCCAUAAAUGUAAUCAAUGUGGCAAAGCUUUUCUCUCUGAUUCACACCUUGUUCGCCAUCAGAGUGUUCAUACUGGUGAGAAACCGUAUACAUGUAAGGAAUGUGGGAAGUCCUUUCGUCGUGGCUCAGAACUUACUCGACAUCAGAGAGCUCACACUGGUGAAAAGCCCUAUGAAUGUAGGGAAUGUGGGAUGGCCUUUACUUGUAGCACAGAACUUAUUCGACAUCAAAAAGUUCAUACUAGUGAGAGACCCCAUAAGUGUAAGGACUGUGGGAAGGCUUUUAUUCGAAGGUCAGAACUUACUCAUCAUGAGAGAAGUCAUAGUGGAGAAAAACCUUAUGAGUGCAAGGAAUGUGGGAAGGCCUUUGGCCGUGGCUCAGAACUUAGUCGGCACCAGAAAAUUCAUAGUGGUGAGAAACCUUAUGAAUGUAAGCAGUGUGGGAAGGCUUUUAUUCGUGGCUCACAUCUUAAUCAACAUCAGAGAAUUCAUACAGGACAGAGGGGUGAAUGAAGAAAUGGGGGAAGGCAAAGAACUUCACUGACAUGAGAAAAUUCAUACUGGUUAAAAAAAUACGCCGACUAUAAGGAAUGUGGGAAAGCAUUUGAGGUUAACACCUUAUUAAAUAUCAGAGUUUAUACCUGUGGAAACAAUAUCAGAGUUCGUCCUAUGGAUGUAAGGCCUGAAUGGUCCUUGUUUAAGGCCAGGAUUUAUUUAAUGCUUGUUACUAAUGAGAAGCCAUAUAAAUGUUUAGAAUGGGGAGGAUUUAUUUGUGUCUCAGAGUCCAACCAGUGAAAGAUGGAGAAGCCCCAUGAUAUAAGGAAAGCAGGAGGCUUUUCCUGUGGCUCAGAGAAGGUAACGUUGGGGAAUUCGUAAUUAGGAGACGCUUAGAAAGGAUUUGAUUAUGUUAGAGACAUCAAUCAUUUCUCAACAGUAGGGAAUUCGUAUUGUUCUGAGAAAUCAGAGGAUUGAUGAUAAAAAUGUAUGUGUGAGAUACCAGUUUGCCAUAGCUAACAAGCCAUUCAUCUGAUAAUUCAUACUUGAGGAAGACUACAUUAGUGUUAAAAAUGUACAACUUAAAUCUUGGUAAAUAUUAGUGUGCCCAUUCUCUAGAAUUAACCUGAAUUGAAUGCAAGUGGGAAAGGAUUUAACCAAUAUUUUGUCUUUACUUACCCUAGCCAUUAUAACUUGUUUCAUAAAGGGCAAAUUCCUUAACGCUGAGUUUUCUCAUGUAUAAAUUAGCGCAGUCGCCACAUUUCUUAGUAGCAUUGUGAGGAUUGAAAAAAUACACUUAUGUCCCUGAGAACACUGUCCAGCUGGUAAUGAAAGUGUUCAGAAUGAGAGCUGCUUUUAUUAUUCCUUCACUUUGUUAUUCUCACGGUUGCAUCCUAUUAGAGAUGACGGAAGGAAGGCCAUGUGCACGGUGAAUGUGGGAACAUCUUCCAUCACCUUGCUGUCUUCGUUGAGUGUUAGGUAAUUCUUUCUGGAGAGAACACAGUAACUGUAAAGCUUUCAUUCAUAGUUCACCCUUGUGCCCAUCAGGGGACUCCUAAUGUAAUGUAGAGUAAGUGUGGGGUGCUGUGAGGUCAGCCAUUAGGAAUUCAGAGGGAAGAUGUAGAUGAUUUAUUAAAACCUUUCACAUAACAAAAGACGUGCCACAAUCUCUGGCGUCUGUCUUAGAGAAUUAGAAAAUAACAAUGGCUUGGCAAAAUCUGGAAAAUCUAAAAGAUAUCUGUCUAAAUAACUCUGUUAAAAAGGAGAUCAAGGCAAAUUACCACUAGGAACGAAUGACAAAGGAUGCUGCAUGUUGAAAUUUGUAGGAUGUGAACAAAGCUAUACUCUGAGAAAAGUUCUUACUGUGUGUAGAGAACAGGGGCAGUCAGGCCAGGAUUCAUCCCGACCUCACAGCACGUGGUGAACUGCCUGUUCCUGGGAGGUUCCCAGUAAGUAUCUGUUGAUCGAAGGAAUGAGAGAGUGAAAAAUCAUUCAACUCAAUAUGUAGAAAAGCUUUAACGGGAAGUGUAAAGCGAAAAAGGAAAGGUGUUGAAUUCAUGAAAUGGAAAAAAAAAACUAUUUGAAUGAAAAGAGUGCACCCUAAACCUUGGUAAGUUUGCAAGAAAGCAAGCAUCACGGAUGAGAAAGAAUAUGUUACUACAAAAAUGGAGGAGAUUUAAAGAAACAAGGCAGUGUUGUUCUGGCAGACACUGUUGGCCACCUACCUUCCGUCCGUCAUUACCAAUUUCCCUUUGCCAUGAAGAGCCUGCCACCCACCUGAGGUUGUCAGUGCCAGAACCUUGCUCUCCUAGCUUGCUUUGCAGAAGCCACGGAAAAGGUGAGCCUGAGUCUGCAGCCGAGCUUCAAUUUUCUUUCCUAACAAAAUGGGAGGAAACAUUCACCUUAGAAUCAGUGUGCAUAUCUGUGUGAGUCCUAGAAUUGUGGUCAUUUUGCAUCCGGAGGGGUGAUGGGAUGAGAUUGCCACAGGGCAUGGGUUGGAAUUACCCAUGUCCUUGACAUGAGCUGCUGAAACAACUCAGAGCCGCCCUGUCCCUGAACUUGUGUGAAAUAAACCCCAUGCAUAUCUGGUAACAACCAAAAGCAUCUCAAAUGUUUGUGUUUAUACCCAGCCUUUUGCAAAAUAUCUGAUUCCUGGAAAUUACCAUUAAAAAAAAUUAUAUAUACAAACAGUCCCCAAGUUAUGAGUGUCCGAUUUAUGUACAACCCUUAGUUACAAAUCAACCCCUGUAAAGCCUGUAUUAGAAAUUCGAGGCACAUACAAUGGUUUGUAAUAACAAAUGGGCGCUACUUUGUGCAUCAAAACAUUAUUGUGUUGAAGAUGUUUUAGGGUAUCUAGACGUGUUUCUUUAAUGUUUUUGUGCAUAGAAAGUUACACUAUAUACUAAGAUGAACAUGUGACUGACAUUAGAUACGAAUGGAUCUCAUUUGUAACCUGGGAACAUACACACACUCAUGUAUAUAUAUACACAUGUAUACACACACAUUUAUUGAACUUUAGGAAGACGACAGCAUGUUUAUAUUGAGCUCUCUACAGUAUAUCUGAAACCUGAAAAAGUAUUGUUUUCCUGAAUAAAGUAAAAACCAAGAAGAAACUGAUUUAUCAAAAAGCUACACCAUAAAAUUCUUCUAGUACCAGAUUAUCUCAAAGGUAAACUCCUCUGAGUCUUCAAGAUACAAAGAGUCACAGCUGUGAGGCUAGCAUAACCCUUCUACCAAACUGGGGAAAACAGCAUCCAAAAUCAAAUCAGCUAUAAAAACAAAACAAACCAUCGUACUUAUGAUAAAAUCGCAGCAAGUCAAAUCUAGCAGCCUGAGGAAGGUAGAAAACUAUCCAGAGUGUCCACGACCUGCGCAGCUGUUAAAGCAUGUGUAAAUACAGUGUUUACACAUUGGAAACUAGACACUGAAAUACCUUGGCUGUCUAAAGUAGUAGCUGAGAACUAGUGCAGAUCGCGCAUAUUCAGCCCGAGUUACUGCGGCUGUCCACUUGGCCUGACCUGGUCUUCGUUCACGUUUGAAGUAAUCCCCAUCCAGUGGACUCUGCUGCCCGUGCCGUGGAAAGAACACUGAUAAAGCGAGUUAAAUGUAAACGUGUGUUACUUCAGUUAUCACCAAAUAUUAGUCAACCCACUGGAGGACAAUUUGUAACAAAAAUUUAAGCAUUUUUUUAAAAGAUAGAAAUGAAUUAUUAAAAAUCAUCUGCACUGAUAUAUUUAUUUCAUAAGUCUGAUCUUGAAAGUUGGAGGUAUUUUUUUUAAGAGGGAAAAUUGUACACUUUAGAAGAAUUAAUAAGCCCGGGAAACUAGACAUGGUCAUGGUACUGGUUUCAUUACAACCUUGUAGCAUUUUUUGUUAUAAUAAAUGUUGAGAUGUUACUUUUGUGUUCUGCCCAUGUAUACAUAUUUUUUAAGACUUAAAAAUUCUCUUCCUGCAUGUUUCACCAAAACCAGGGGAAGGAUGCAAAGGUAAAUCAAACCUAUUCUGUCCACACUGGUCCCCUAAAGGAUGUGUCCUCCCACGACGUGGUAACUGUGUGUAUUUUAAAUGGGGUUGUGCAUACACGCUGAGGUGCAGCCGCCUUUUCUGACUUGGUAACACACCACGGGCCUCCUUCCACUCACUACCUACAGAUCUAUUUAGAUCUUUGAAGACUCAAGUAAUAUGGACAAACCAUAAUAGAGUCAGCCCAUUUUACCACAGAUGAAAGUUCAGGUUUUCGGUUGUUUUUACAAACAAUUGAACAAUAAAUGGCUUUACUAAUAUGUUAUUGCAUGCUGGUGCUUUUAUUUCUAAGGGUGGGUGAAUUCCUACUAGUUGGAUUCCUUGCCUGCCGAUAUAGUAUAUUUCAAAUGUAAUAGUUAAUGCCUUAUUAUUUUGUAAAAUUCACCAUUAAUCUCUCCAGGAAUGACUCUAUUUCCUGUCAACUGGACCUUUUUUGUUAAGUUGGAUAAAGGGAGAGAAAAAAAAGGUGCCCUCAAUUUUGAUUUUCUUAACUGUCAGUAAGGCUGAGCAUCUAUCCCACCUAAAGGCCACUUGGACUUUUUCUAUGAAUUGCCUAUUCGUAUCUGUUUCCUUUUCCUUAAUUGGAGCUGUUUUUCUAAAGCACUGUAUAGGAACUUUGUUAAGGAAAUUGUUUUUGUCACAUGCUUUGCAGCUUAGUUUCUUAGCUUAGUUAUAUAUCUUCUGCCUUUGUGGGAAAAGGGGCCAGUAAGCUUUUUGUAUGAAGGUUUGUUGUUAGGUGCCGUCAAUUCGGUUCUGGCUCAUAGUGACCCAACGUACAACAAAACGAAACACUGCCUGGUCCUGUGCCAUCCUCACAAUUGCUGUUAUGCUUGAGCCCAUUGUUGCAGCCAUUGUAUCAGUCCAUUUUGUUGAAGGUCUUCCUCUUUUAGUAUGUAAGCCAAGCCAAUGGUUCCCAACCAGGGGAGUUUUGUCCCCUGAGGGACGUUUGGUGAUGUCCAGAGACAUUUUUGGUUGUUAGAAUUAGGGUAGAGGCCAUGGCUGCUGCUAAACAUCUUACAAUGCACAGCGCAGCCCCCACAACAAGCACUGUCCAGGCCAGAAUGUCAUGGAGUCUGAGGAAUAUUGACUGUUCCAACAAGACUUUAUAAAAACCAGCAGCAGGCCAGAUUUGCCUGUAGACUGUAGUUUGCUGACCUCUUUUAGGUUAAGUUUUCUGGCUUUGUUACUGAAUCGUCUCACCCUAAAUAUUUUUCUUGAAAAAUACUGAUCUAAUUCUCAACUGCUGUUAUAUUUUUUCUCUCACUGUUAAAUAUAUUCUGGUACCGUUUAUUGAUUGAUGUCUCUAUUGGAAACCCUGGUGGCAGAGUGGCCAAAAGCUACUGCUGCUAACCAAGAUGUCAGCAGUUUGAAUCCACCAGGCACUCCUUGGAAACCCUAUGGGGCAGUUCUGCCCUCCUACAGAGUCGCUGUGGGUUGGAUCCACUUGACAGCAACGGGUUUUUUGUUUUGUUUUAUUAGAACAGAGAAAAAGUUGCAGAUAACAAAAUCCAUCAUUCUGUAUAUUUUAAGCAGUAAGAGGUUUAAUAAAGGAUAUUUUGUAAUUAAGAAUAUUCAGGAGGGCCAAGCAUCAUGGUUUGAAUUGUGUCCCCCAAAAAUAUAUGUAUCAAUUUGAUAAGGUCAUGAUCCCCAGUAUUGGGUGAUUGUCUGCCAUUUUGUCAUCCUAUGUGAUUUUCUUAUGUGUUGUAAAUUCUGUCUUUAUGAGGUUGAUGAGAUGGGAUUAGCAGCAGUUAUGUUAAUGAGGCGAGACUCAAUCUACAAAAUUGUAUUGUGUCUUGAGCCAACCUUUUGACACAUAAAAGAGUGAAGUGAUUGAAGAGCGGCGUCUGGGGUCUUAAAAGCUAGCAAGCAGCCAUCUAAGAUGCACCAAUUGGUCUCAACCCACCUGGAUCAAAGGAGAAUGAAGAACACCAAGGACACAAGGUAAUUACGAGCCCAAGAGACAGAAAGGGCCACAUGAACCAGAGACUACAUUAUCCUGAGACCAGAAGAACUAGAUGGUGCCCGGCCACAACCGAUGACUGCCCUGACAGGGAACACAACAGAGAACCCCUGAGGGAGCAGGAGGGCAGUGGGAUGCAGACCCCAAAGUCUCAUAAAAAGACCAGACUUAAUGGUCUGACUGAGACUAGAAGGACCCCAGUGGUCAUGGCCCCCAGACCGUCUGUCGCCCCAGGACAGGAACCAUUCCCAAAGCCAACUCUUCAGAUACGGAUUGGACUGGACAAUGGGUUGGAGAGGGAUGCUGGUGAGGAGUGAGCUUCUUGGAUCAGGUGGACGCAUGAGACUAUGUUGGCAUCUCCUGCCUGGAGGGAGGAUGAGAGGGUGGAGGGGGUUAGAAGCUGGCGACAUGGACACGAAAAGAGUGGAGGGAGGGAGCGGGCUGUCUCAGGGGGAGCGUAAUUGGGAGUGUGUAGCAAGGUGUAUGUGGGUAUUUGAGAGACUGAAUUGAUUUGUAAACUUUCACUUAAAGCACAAUAAAAAUUAUUAAAAAAAAAAAGGAGUGAAGUGAGCAGAGAGACAUGGGGGCCAUAUACCACAAGGAAACACGAGCUAGGAGAAUACAUGGGGGCCAUAUACCACAAAGAAACACGAGCUAGGAGAAUACAUGGGGGCCAUAUACCACAAAGAAACACGAGCUAGGAGAAUACAUGGGGGCCAUAUACCACAAAGAAACACAAGCUAGGAGAAUACAUGGGGGCCAUAUACCACAAAGAAACACGAGCUAGGAGAAUACAUGGGGGCCAUAUACCACAAGGAAACACGAGCUAGGAGAAUAGUGUGUCCUUUGGACACAGGGUCCCUGCGCUGAGAAGCUCCUAGACUGGAAAGAUUGACGACGAGGACCUUCUUUCAGAGCCAGCAGAGAAUGCCUUCCCCUGGAGCUGGCACCCUGAAGUCGGACUUCUGGCCUCCUGGACUAUGAAGGAACCAUUUCUCUUUGUUAAGGCACCCACUUGUGGUGUUUCUGUGACAGCAGCACUAGAUGACUAAGACACCAAGGAAAGGGGCUUACAUGCUGCAGAAUCCAGAAAACGGGUGGUAAGAUUCCUGUUGAAGGGGAACCACCACUGCUGCUACCACCCACUGCUCAGCACCUAGUGUCCUAGGGUCUGGAUGCUGGAAACUGCCAUAGCCCCCUCAGAAGCCAUCAUUCCUGCCACCGGGUCCUGUCCCUCCACACGCUGCCUCAGCCCAGUGAUGCUCACUUCCUCCACCCCCAAGGUUCCAGUAGUGCCUGCGGAACCUAGAUUGCACGCCAACCCUCAGCUGCGGUGGAGUUCGGUGAAAGUAUGUGAAUGUCAUAAUGAGUAACCACGACUUGGGGGAUGUGGUCAUAAGGCAACUUCAUUCUUGUCUAACGUUAUCCCAUUAAGUUUGGUGGGACAGGUAUGAGAUCAUGGUCAAUCCUGUCCCUCCUUGCUUGCCCUUUCCCUGCCCCAAUCUUGAGUCUGGCGUAGAAAGUAGAACCUUAAUGGUUAUUUGCAGAUGAGGCUUCUCGCCCUCCCUUGGCUCAGGCAGGUCAUAGAGGGGAAGAUGGCAAAUGAGGCAAGACAUGGAUGGCUUGUACCUUUCCACUUCUCUUUUUAAUCUCCCAGCCUAUUUCUUGUUUCUGAUUACUAUGUGACUGAAGACGAAAAGAGACCAUUACUUGCAUGAUACUGUCAUGGUAAUGUUGCCACAUGCUGUCUGCACUUGGCUGGAUCUCUGUCAGGGCAUUUUUAUGGGUCCUUUGGAGGUCCCAAACACAUAAAAAGAGAUGAUCUGUUCUUAGGUCUAUUUUGUUAGGAAAGCAUCAUCUUCUAGAUAUUUUUAAGAUAGGAUAUGUUUAAAUUUACAGAAAGAUUGCCAAGAGAGUACAGAGAAUUCCACAUACCCCACACCUGGUUUCCCCUAUUAUUAUCUGUGGGGUAAAGAACUUUACCCAAAGAAUUUGGUCUUUGUCCUUUAUGCCUAAGAGAUAACCUCUAAAACCUUGAACUUUAAUGAUUGAAGUGUCUGAUGAG